UUGCACUUGAGUUCAAUUCAACUUAAAUCAAAAUUAUUAAGAUUUAAAUUUAAAAAUUGAGGAAAAAAAUGUUUUUUAUAUUUGAAAGUUUUAAAUUGUUUAAAGAUUUUCUCCAGCCAGCACAAUGUGAUGAAAAAAUACAAAAAAGAGAAAAUUAUUUGCUUAAACAAGAGUUGCCAAUGGCAAUAGCUAUGGUGGUAGCUCAAAGAAGUAAAGACCCGCAUACUCAAGUUGGUGCAUGCAUUGUCGAUGAUAAUAAUCACAUACUCGGCUACGGAUAUAAUGGUCAUCCUUCUGGAGCAAACAAUGAUGAUCAAUAUUCAUGGGAUAAGAAAGGCAAGCAUAAGUUUGUUUGUCAUGCUGAGAGAAAUGCAAUAGACUUCAGAACAGCUUCCGUUAAAGGUGCCACUUUAUUCGUUACUUUAUACCCUUGCAGUGAAUGUGCUAAAACUAUUCUCCAAAAUGAAAUAAAACGAGUUGUGUAUUUGGAUAAAAAAGAUUCGGAUAAUAUUAAGCUCACUGAUUCAACGUUCAUGUUGGAGAAUGGAUUACCGGAAAAACCAAUACAAUUUUGGGAUUAUUUACAACAAAACGUGGAGAUCAAAAAGACAAGAAGAGGAUUUGAGAUACAAAACCUAAACAAAAUAUUCAUGACAAAAGUAUGAAGCCAGUGAUAAAAACAAAACAUUUUGCCAUAU